UACAGCUUCACUGUCUGGAAAAGGACUGCCACUUCCAGGGAGGGCUCAGCUGCCCGAAGGGUUCGGCGUGGUUGGUAGAGAAGGCUUGCCCAGCCUGUGCGAGGCCUUGGUUUCUCUCCCCGGCGCCUCAAAUCAAAACAAAAACAACAGAAACCAUUAAAAAGUCUCGGGUUUACACUCAACCGAGAAAGUACGGAAAACGUCACCACCCUGUUAAGCCGUCACCGUUUGCCUCCAUGGCUGACUGCAGAGUUCUCCCUAGCAAAUUAAUAUGCGUGGUGCACAAGAACGGGACGGCCGAGCCAACGUCAGGGCUCUGCGUUCGGGAAAGCACACGGUGGUUCCUUCCGAGCCAGACGGGAGUGACCCAGGCCCGGGAACAGAUUCCCGUUGCCUUAAAGCGUUCCGAAGAAAACGAAGUUGUAGUCGGAGAACAAAGCCGUGGACAGCAGAUGAACCCCAGUCAUCCCUGAUCCUGGAGUGUCAUCAAAAGCCAAGCCUGGAAAACAUUCCUUGCCAAAAAGUUUGUUCAGCAGGAAUGGUAUGGUGGAAAGAUUUACAAUCAGGAAAAUGGAGUGGCCAGAUCCAAUAAUGAUGGGGAGAAGAGGUUAUGUCUAUAUCUUUCCAGAAGGUGCUGAGAAGCUGAUUUGGGUACCCGAGUGAGCAGUGCAUCAUCAACAUGGAUCCAACAGCCGAACCGGAACCGGAACCGGAACCGGAACCCGAAUUAAAAAGACAAAGGAUCGCUUCAGAAACAGCGGAGCCGGAGCAGAAGCUGCCCCGAAACAAUCUGAAGAGGAAAAGAUGCAAGAAAAACAGACAAGCAAUGAAGGGCACACUGAUUUCAAGUCCCCCGACUUGGGGUCAGAUCAAGAACCUGACAAACAAAGCUGAGAAUGUGAUUGAGAGUCAGGGCGUCCCUGUGACACCAGCUACCAUGUUUAUGGCAAUGCUGGCUGUUGUAAGUUGUCAGUCAUCUGCAGUCGCAUCAGAUACCAAUUCCAACACCUCCAAGUAGACAUGCAUCAGUUGCAAUUAAAAAGUAAGAAAGGGGGACAUGUGGAGAGCAGAUCAGCACCCCCCACCCCUGACCCAUCAUCGGCUGAUCCUGUGGUAUCGGCAAAAACCAAGCCUGGGAAACCUUCCUUGCCAAAAAGGCAAGGAUGUUAACAGACGCUAAGAGUUAUCAGACAUUCCAUACAAUGGGCUUCCUGUGUGCAGCUGGAUGUUCCUGGUAUUGCAACAUUAGGAUAACUGCAGAAAUGUUUUUAGUUUGUUAACUUUAGUGCACCAAAGAAGCCUCUUGAUAACUCAUGAGACUUGAGCAACUUACAAUGCCCCUAUAGUUGAACUUCCUCCAUCAGAGUGCAGUGUGUCACCUGGCCGCAGCUUUACUUGAAAAUGUCUGUUUUUUCUCCAUCUCCCGUCGUCCCUACUUGAGAUCCUUUGUUGAUGCUGCGUGCAUUGGGACAGACCACUUUCUUCUACAUUAAUGCAUGCUUCAAGUUUACGCAAGUUUGUCUCUACAGAAGCGAUAAGAAAAAUCUCUGUUCAGGGAAAAGUUAGCUUUUCUCCUUCAUUUCUGGCAGUCCUUCCUAAAAGGUCAUAUGUUAUAAUUCUUAAGUAAUUCUUAUUGAGUUCCCAAGAACCCAGUCUUCCAAUUAGACUUGCUUUUGCUAUUGACUUUGCAGAAGUUCCUGCACAGUAUUUUUUUAAACUUUAUAGUUAGAAAUAAUUUAAAAUUUUCAGAAAAGUUAUGAUAAAGAACUCCUGAAUUCUUAGAUGCAGCAAUUAAAAAAAUAUAUUUUUAGUUGUGGAUGAACCCAGUACCUUUAUUUUUAUGUAGUGCUGAGGAUUGAACCCAGUGCCUCACAUGUUAGGCAAAUGCUUUACUUCUAGAGCCACAACCCCAGCCCAGGUUCACAAAUUAACAUUUUAAUACACUUAAAUUCUGUGUACUGCAGGCCUCCUAUUUAUAUUUAUUAAAUAUUUUAAAACAGUUAUCCCUUAUUUCAAUGUGAAUUUCUAAGAACAAAGAUCCUUCUACUAGGGUGUCUUUUAUCAAAAUAAAGAUGUUUGACAUUGAUAUAAUAAAGUUCAUAUUCUGAUGUU